AAGAUGCGAGAUUGCCCUUGGUACGACCGAGGAUUUUGUCGACAUGAAUUCAUACCUGCUAUGGAACCACGCUGGCAUUUCUUACUGUUCUUUUUAGGGCCGUACUGCAAGCAUCGUCAUCGGAGACGAGUGAUAUGCCCUAAUUAUCUCGCUGGUUUCUGUCCUGACGGGAAAGAAUGUAAGUUCACUCAUCCGUCAUUCGCGCUUCCUGCUCCUGAGAAUCCUGUAGCAAACAACAAGCGAAUGUUCAGUCACCAGAUUAUUUGCCAUAAUUGUCAUGAACGAGGCCAUAAGGCUACUCAUUGUCCACACCUACCAACUCAGCAAAACAAGCAGUCCGAGUCAAAUCCUGCAUCAAAUCGUACCGUGCAGCCAAUUGACCUGUCGUUGUUUCCAGAUAAGAAAAGUUUAUCUGAAGUCACUUGUUAUAAGUGCGGUGAAAAGGGUCAUUAUGCUAAUCGCUGCCACAAAGGUGCUCUAGCUUUCCUUUCAAACACUGCGCAUCUUGCACAAGAGCAGCGGGAGAAAGAUGAACGAGAAGGAAGGUACCUUCCCGGCGCUUACCUAGGUCAAACGAGUUUGAAUCCUAGAACGGGCUAA